UUGUACGCUUUAAACAGGGUUCAUGUUAAUACCCUAAAGUAGUCUUCCUCCUGUCGCAACUGCGAUAGAAACGAAAUCUAUCUACUGCUCGCUGGUUUACUUUCCGAAUGGACGGUACAUGGAACCGAACCGAACCGGUCCGGAUUGGGCCGUGCCGAGAAACGAAAGACAGCAGCACCCAAACUGACAGCAAGAUACAAGGUCACGAUCCCAGGUUGUCAAAGGUGAAUCUGUUUACCUUGUUGAGCUUGUGGAUGGAGGUGUUCCCUCGGGAUCAACCUGAGGACAGUGAAAGCAGUCAGAUCCGUGGUACUGGUCUGGUGGUGGUGCAUCAAGGGAAAAUCUUGGGACUCCACUGUUCUGGAGUCGACCUUCACGCAGCACAAGGAGCCAUCAUCCAGCAUGGGGCAAACCUGGCCGGCUGCCAGCUCUACUUCUCCAGGAGACCUUGUGCCACUUGCCUUAAGAUGAUCAUAAAUGCUGGAGUCAGUCAGAUCUCCUUUUGGCCCGGGGAUCCGGAGAUCAGCAUGCUGAGGUCCAUGUCUUCAACUCAAACAAACGCCAGCAGCACGUCGCUCUCUGUGACAGAAGACGUUGUCCUGGACGCAGUUGCAGUAGAGAAGCUGAAGUCCAACAGCCGUCCUCACAUCUGCGUGCUGCUGCAGCCGCUGGCGCUCGGCCAGCUGCAGUUUGUUGAGGAGACGUCUAGGGAGAGCGAUUUCAUGAAGAGGACGGCCGAGGAUGACCCAGGACUGAACGAACAGGAACUCUUCAACAGACAACGUCUAAGGCACUUCAGAGAAUUUUCCAGUAAGUUCUUGGUUGGAACAUCCCAGCAGCAUAAGGAGAUUUUGAUCCAAAUGGGCCUGGAGAACCUCUGUGUGGAGCCCUACUUCUCCAACCUGAGGAACAACAUGGCGGCGCUGGUGGAGGUUCUAGCUGCUGUGGCUGCAGGGCUCCCUCAACACCAGUAUGGCUUCUACAGAGAAAACUGUGCAACUACGCCUCCUCAUCCAGGGGCCGUGUCUCAAGAGGUGGCUCGCCACUGCAUCAUCCAGGCCAGGCUACUGGCAUACAGGACAGAGGAUCCAAAAGUGGGAGUGGGUGCUGUUAUCUGGGCGAGAGGGCGGUCGGCUGGCUGUCGAGGAACAGGCUGCCUGGAUUUGGUGGGUUGCGGGUACAACGGCUACCCUGCAGGCUCCGAGUACGCAGCGUACCCCCAAAUGGACUGUACACAGGAGGACCGUCAGAGACGCAAAUACAGAUACAUCAUCCACGCAGAACAGAACGCCCUCACCUUCAGGACGCGAGACGUCAAACCAGAGGAGCUAACCAUGAUGUUUCUGACCAAAUGUCCAUGUGACGAGUGUAUCCCUUUGAUAAGAGGGGCUGGAAUUACACACAUCUACACCUCAGACCAGGACAGGGACAAAGACAAGGGGGACAUUUCCUACCUGAGAUUUAGCACCCUGGAGGACAUCAGCAAGUUUGUUGUAAUGGCAAAGGAACCCAUCUAUUCCUCCUGAAUCGUCUUCUCAUCUCGCAAAUGGUUGUAUUCGGAAGCACGGCCGGCAGACUGAGCAGGAGUACGGAAAUAAGAAGCUGUGCACCGAGAACACCAAGAGUUCACCUUCUGGCAGCUGAACGUUAGUUAGUAAAGGACGGACUAGCCUGUGCAUGAGCUCCAUUCCACAGACGUUAUACGAGGGGCGAAUAAUUUGCUGAUGGUAAAAUCUGCACCACUACAAAAAGUAUUUCCUCCUUUACAGAUUUCAUGUUUCUUGCUUUUUUGUCACACUUCAAUGUUUCAGAUCAUCUACCACCACCAUGUUUGGUAGUCCACUAAAAAUAUCCUCUUUUUUUUCUCAUCAGUACACAAAAUAUUUUGUCCAAAUUCUUGGGGAUCAUUAAGAUAUAUACAUAUAUAUCAAAUCUGAGGCUGACUUUUUUUGUCUUGGAGUCAUUUUGAUAGAUUGGCUACCCUUGAAAAGGUUCCAUGUUUCCUCCAAACGCCUCGUUUAGAAAUCUAACCCUAAGAAAUGGCUUUGUAACCUUUUCCAGUCUUGACAGAUGUCAAUAACUUUCUCAUCUGUUCUUUAAUUCCUUCAGAGCAGAGCAUGAGGAGUUGCUUUUUGAGAUUCUUUGAUCUUUUUUUUUUUUUACUUACUUAUUUACUUAGAUUAUUCUUGUCUAAUGUUAAAUGGUUCAGUUAAAAAUUUUCAGUGUGUCAAGAAAAAAAAAAAACAGAAGAAACCUGUAAGGGGGAAGAUGAACGAACUAUUUUACAAUUUAUUUGAACAUUUGGGACAACGUAGUAACCACAGCAACAUGAGGAGUUAGUCAUAUAUGCAAGACGCAAUAUAAAGUGAAAUUGUUUCAUAUUUCCAUAUGAGAGGACUAAGCGGUUGAGAAUGGAUGCUAAACGUGGUGAGACUUGUUGACAGAGACUUGACGGAAAUUUAAAGGAAUGCAGAUUGCACUAUUUCCAGAUGUUUUUAUUUGACAGUUUAUUACAGAAUAUCUAAAUACAUUAAGUUUAUUUUCUAUUUUAAUCCCUCGCUAUGUGUAUUUUUCUCCAUAGUUCAGACAAAGAAGCUCAAUGUUGCCUGUGUAAACAGAUGUGACUUUCAAAGUUUGAACACACCUGUGACCAAGUUUUGGAUCUGAAAAGAUAAAAGAAAAACAGCUUUGUGAAACCAAAAUGCUACAUUGACAUGUAAAGAAAAGUUUGUAAUGAAAGGGAUUUCAUUGUGAUUUGUUUGAACCUUUUUGCCUUUUAGUUUUCAGCUUGUAAAAUUAUGUCUCUGUACGAAAAAGUUUAUGUUGUUCAAAAUGUGAAACUCAUUCUAUUGGUUAAAGAUUUCAAGCAUUUAUCUCUUUAUAGCUCCCUAUCUUUAUUUUGAUAACUGUGGUUUACAGUUAAUGAAAACCCAAAAUUCACUUUCUCCCAGAAUUAGUCCUCAGGUUUAACCCCCAACCUCUGAUUGUCUUCCUCUUCUCUUUCUGCCCACCUUCCUGUUACACUAGUAAUGAGGAUAAAGUAUUUUUUUUGUUUCUAUUUAUGCAGUAUGCUUACCACAAUUAUCCUUUCUGGUAAGCCACAAGUCAUCGUUGUGCACUCUAGAACAUUUAACAGUUCAAAUAAAUUGUUUAGUUCUCCUUGUGUAAUUUGAACUUUGGGUUUUCUUCAGCUGUAACUCAGAAUCGUCACAAACCGUGACGGUUUCUGAUACAGGCGACAUAUCAGAAGGAGGCAGACCAAGCAAGCUUGGUCCACCUCUGGUCACAAAUAAAAGAAAUAAACGCUUAAAAUAUUAAAAUUUGUGUAGAGUUACUCUCAAAACUCUACACACCCUUGUAGAAACUUUCCCCGAGUUUGGCUUUUGUGACAUAAAAAAAAAAACACGAGAACGUGGUAUCUAACUUUCUUCAAAUAUUGUGCUCUAAAGAUACAACAAACAAGUGCUUUGUAGCAACAUUUUUGAUUCCGUUAGAGCGUAAAAUAUAUUAGGUAUGAGCAAGUCCACAUUCAACAUCUUCAGCGGCUGACGUGGGCUGUGGAAGAUGUUUAUGAAGUCUUUCUUUUGUUAAGCUGGAUGUAUGCUUCGACUCACUCUGAUUCUGAAAAAAUAAAUUCCUUCUUCAUAUUCGA